AUGGGAGUUCCAGAGAGAGACCCUCUUGCACAAUUGAGUUUGCCUCCUGGGUUUAGGUUUUACCCCACUGAUGAAGAGCUUCUGGUUCAAUACCUUUGUCGUAAGGUUGCUGGGCACCAUUUUUCUCUUCCAAUCAUUGCUGAAAUUGAUUUGUACAAGUUUGAUCCAUGGGUUCUUCCAGGUAAGGCUGUGUUUGGAGAAAAAGAAUGGUACUUUUUCAGCCCGAGGGAUAGGAAGUACCCGAAUGGUUCACGACCAAACAGAGUUGCGGGUUCUGGGUAUUGGAAAGCCACGGGAACUGACAAGGUUAUCACCACCGAAGGGAGAAAAGUUGGCAUAAAAAAAGCACUUGUUUUCUACGUUGGAAAAGCACCCAAAGGCUCCAAAACCAAUUGGAUCAUGCAUGAGUACCGUCUUCUUGACUCUUCGCGCAGAAACAACCUCGGAACCACCAAGCUUGAUGAUUGGGUUUUGUGUCGUAUAUACAAGAAGAACUCAAGCUCGCAGAAAGUUGAGCCAAAUUUUUGGGCCAAAGAAUGCAGCAAUGGGUCAUCACCAUCUUCAUCUUCCCACGUGGAAGACAUGCUCGAAUCAUUUCCGGAGAUCAAUGAUCAGUGCUUUACCUUGCCGAGUGUGAACUCGCUCAAAACAAUGCAACAACAGGACGAGAAUUUCGGGUCUCAGAACAUGGGAUCCGGGUUUUUCUCUGAUUGGGUUACCCCGCCGGAUCUUGAUGCCAUUUCUGAAUUCGGGUCAGCUUGCCAAACCCAAGGGAUGGUGAAUUACGAGUUCAAUGACUUAUUUGUCCCUUCCGUUCCGCCAUUUGGCCACAUGGAGUUCAUGGCAGGGGCACCGACCGAGGAAGAGGUGCAAAGCAGUGUGAGAACCCAACGGGUGGAUGGAGCGGGGUGUUUUCAGCAGAACCCGAAUGCUAGAAAUUUAUCAACUUCAAUCGACCCAUUUGGGUUUGGGUUCAUGGACCAGCAAAUUGGAUUCGGGUUACGAAAUUAG